CGCGUAGAAGCUAAAGGAAAAGCUGAUUCAAAGAUUCAAAAUUUGAACUGCAGAGAGAGAAAGAGCAAGAGGCUAUGGCGACGACGGCGAAGAACAUGAAGGGUUUCUACAAGCAGACUAAAAGCAAUAUCACCGGAGGUAUCUCCAAGUCCAAGCCUUCUUCCCGGAAAGUCGCUCCCAAACACGCGGCGGCUCAAGGUUCUGAUGUUACGCAGCCCGCGGCAUUGAUCUCACACGGCUCCAUCGAUCUCAAUGGGGAUUAUGGCAAGGAGGAGGAGAUGCUCAGACAGUUUGACAUGGACAUUGCUUAUGGUCCAUGCUUGGGUAUGACAAGACUUGAUCGAUGGGAGCGGGCACUGCGUCUAGGGAUGAAUCCUCCCAAUGAAAUCGAGAAGCUUUUGAAAACUGGGAAAGUUCAGCAAGACUGUCUGUGGCAAGGCCGUGUCUAGAUGUUUUUUAAUCUUUUUAUCUAUGCCCUUGUAUGAUCCAGUAUGAGUUGUAAAACUUUGUCCUUUUGUGGUUUGGUUCAGCCACUGGCUGGAUUCACUCACAUGUAGUGGUGCCCUCGAUGUUUUUAGUCUAAUGUGAUAAUGUUAAAACCUUGGUAAUGGAAUGCAACUUGUCUGUUGAUCGAA